UCGGCUGUCACAAACACCUCUCCUCCUCCUCUCUCUCUCUCUUUCUCUCUUUCUCUCUUAAAUCCUAACAUUUACCGGUUAACGGAGCCGCAGCUUUAACUCUCCUCCUGCAGAAGCUCAAACACCAUCUGGCAGCAACAUGGGAAAUGAAGCCAGUUACGCCCUCGACAUGUGCUCGCACUUUGAUGCUGAUGAGAUUAAGAGGCUAGGAAAGAGAUUUAAGAAACUCGACCUAGAUAACUCCGGGUCCCUGAGCGUGGAGGAGUUUAUGUCCUUACCGGAGCUGCAGCAGAAUCCCCUCGUGCAGCGAGUUAUCGAUAUAUUCGACACCGACGGGAAUGGAGAGGUCGACUUUAAAGAGUUCAUUGAAGGAGUUUCCCAGUUCAGUGUCAAAGGGGACAAAGAGCAGAAGCUGCGCUUCGCCUUCAGGAUCUACGACAUGGACAAAGACGGCUACAUAUCCAACGGGGAACUGUUCCAGGUCCUGAAGAUGAUGGUGGGAAACAACCUGAAGGACACGCAGCUGCAGCAGAUCGUCGACAAAACCAUCAUCAACGCCGACAAAGAUGGCGACGGCAGGAUAUCCUUCGAGGAGUUCUGUGCGGUCGUCGGUGGAUUAGACAUUCACAAAAAGAUGGUGGUGGACGUGUGACACCCUCGCGUCACUAUCCAGUGAUUUUUUUUUUCCCUCCUCCGCCAAUUUACUGAAGAUCUGCUUUGAAGACGUCGUCCAGCAAAAAACGCUCAGUGACAGAAAAAAAACCAACAAAAAAUCAACAAAAAAAAUUAAUAAUAAUCAUGCCUCUUCCUCUUCCUCACCCCCCUUCCCCCCCCCCCCCCCCCCCCCCCCUCCCUCCCUCCCUCCUUCCUUCCCUCCUUCCCUCCUGAAGCCAAACUUUUACCAAGUAUUAUUGAACUCAGUGACUUGGCACUUUAAAAGCUGACGGACGGCUUUUUAAACGCAGAGCGAGCGUCUCAGUUUGGUGGAGGAAAAAAAAGGUGGAGCGUGUGUGUGUGUGUGCGUGUGUGUGUGUGUGCGUGUGUGUGUACUGUAUGUUUUACUGGUUUUUUCAAGGUAUGUGGGUUUUUUAUAUUUAUUUUUUGGUGUUUGUUUUUUUUUCUUUUCUUUGUUUUUUUUUUUUUCUUUUUUGGAGAAUCAAAGAAUCUUAAAAAGAAAGUAAACGUAACUUUUAGCGGACGGGUUUUUUGGAUUUUUUUUUUUUUUUUUGGAUGUUGGAUGUUACUUGAGUUCACAAAAAACGGAGCACGUGCCAACGAGAAUAUUAAUGUUUAAAAAUACAGGUCAAAUCUGCGUGAAAAGCCUCUUUUUUUUCUUACUUUCAGGGGGCGCUUUGCUGUAUUUAUAAUUGCAUUUAUUUUAACCGGAGUAUUGCAUCAUGUAGACUUAAUUAUAUAACAGCUUCAUUAUAAAACAAAGAGGGGAAAAAAUUGUGCACUACAUGUUUUUUUGCUGCUGCGUUCACGUCAUGUGGUGAUAAGGAAGAUUUUAACGGUUAAAAUUGGGUUAAAUUACCUUUAACGUCUGACUUUGUAUGUUUUACAGACUUCUACCAAACACAUUAAAGACUCUUUCUGUUCAAUAAACCCUCAGAGUGGACAAGAUGAAAAAUAAAUAAAUUAAACUUCAUUAAAUGUCUCCAGCAGCAUCUCAUCUCUCAUGUCUUUAAGGCCUUUAUCUGGCAACAACAGCACCAUCUGGUGGCCGUUUUUGUGCAUUACAUGCCUCAUAAAAUCAAAGAGCUUUACAAUUAGUCACAAAUAAUAAAUAAAAAGACAAAAAUUGAGACCAAUGCACACAAGAGAAAAUUAAAAAGGCUUAAAAAAUGUAAAUGAAAGUAAAUAAAUAGAUAAUAUAAUUAAAUUAAUGAGUAAAAUAAGACAAAAAGGUUUAUUAAAAGAGUAAAAAAACAACAACUGGGUUAAAAUAUGUUAAAAACACAAAAUAAAAGAUUUAAGUUUAAUAAAAGCAGGACUAAAACUAAAAGUAGGUUAAAAUAGA